GGAGUUUAGUUUACGUGAGUUCGUGCGAAGAACAUUGAUGACAGAUCCACUGAGAUGCACCAGAGUCUCCUGAUCGAACUGGACUCAGAGAUCUUCAUUGGACACGAAGGUGGCAAGAGGUCUCCCACAGAUUCCAAGGCAUGGUGUUGACGCUUCCCAAACCUACCAGUACCAUCGUCAUCUUCACCUUCCUCUCUGUCGUGUCCGUGACCGUGGCCAUUUCCUGGCUACGUAGAAGCAAAAGAAUCAACAGAAGCCAUGUGGGUCGAAUCACCGUCAGUGAAGCACAGAAGCCGUCGCCCCCACCACCUAAAGGCCAUGGAUUUGAGUUCGACGUUUUCUUGAGUUUCAGAGGGGAAGAUACACGGAAAACUUUCACCGAACUGCUCUACGAUGGCUUGGAGAUGCAAGGGAUUCACACGUUCAAGGACGACGAGAAGUUGAAGAAGGGGGAGAGGGUCGAAUCAUUGCUCGACGCCAUUGAUAAGUCGAAGCUCUUCGUCCCCAUCUUGUCCAAAAACUACGCCGACUCCAGAUGGUGUCUGAUGGAGAUAGCCAAGAUUGUCAGUAGCGGGAGGCUGAUCAUUCCCGUGUUCUUUGACGUCGAUCCUUCCGAUAUACGGCGGCAGAAGGGCCCCUUCGAGGCGGCGUUCAGGAAGCACGAGGGUAACAAGGAGCUGACUGAACGGACGGUGGACGAGUGGCGAGGUGCCCUGAGAAAGGUGGGGGAGAUUUCCGGCUACGACCUUAAGAACGAGACAGACGGGCAUGAGGGUAGGCUGAUCAAAAUUAUUAUUAAGAGAGUUCUUAGUGAAUUAAAUGAGGUCCCCUUUGAUGUAGCAAAGCAACCAAUUGGGAUUGAAUCCCGUGUAGGAGAUGUCAUAAAGAUGCUGGACAUGGAAGGCAAUGAUUUUAGAAUGGUUGGAAUCCAUGGUGAAGGUGGAAUAGGGAAGACCACCAUUGCUAAGGCUGUUUACAACCAAUUGUUCCCUAAUUUUGAGAGCAGUUGCUUCCUCUUUGACGUUGGCAAAGUGUCAGUGCAAUCCAAUGGACUUGUCACUCUGCAGAACUGUCUGCUCAAUGAUUUUUUGAAAACAAAGAACAUAUCAAUAUCUAAUGUCGAGCAAGGAAUCAGUAUAAUUAGAAGGAGAGUUAGUCGCAAAAGGGUUCUGCUUAUUCUGGAUGACGUUGAUCAUAUAGAUCAACUAGGUAAACUUGCAGGAAGUCCAAACUGGUUUGGUGAAGGAAGUAAGAUCAUCAUUACAACAAGAAACAGAGAUUUGCUAGUAAAGCAUCACCUCAAGGAGCAUGAGAUAUACAAGCCUAAAGAACUGGAUACGGAUCAGUCACUUCAAUUGUUCAGUCGCCAUGCAUUUAUGAAUGACAAACCAAUGGAGGGUUAUCUUGAGUUGUCCAAGAAAGUUAUUAGAUUCACAGAGGGGCUACCAUUAGCACUCGAAGUGUUUGGUUCACUUUUUUAUGACAUAAGAACUAAAAAUGAGUGGAAAGAAAUGAUAGAACAGUUGGAACGUGUUCAAGACAAGGAUAUUUAUGAAAAACUGAAAAUAAGUUACGAGGGACUGACUUCUGAAGAAAAGAUAAUCUUUUUAGACAUUGCUUGUUUUUUCGUGGGAUCAGGAAAAGAAGAUGCAAUUUUAAUGUGGAAGGAUUGUGGCCUUUUCCCAAAUACAGCAAUUAAAGUCCUUGUUCACAAAUCUCUUGUUAAGAUUGACAAGGACAAGGAUAAAUUUGUAAUGCAUGAUCAAAUACGGGAUAUGGGAAGAAAAAUUGUCCGAGAAGAAGGCCUUUUGUACCCGGGGCUGCGCAGCAGAUUGUGGGGUGUGGAUGACGUCUUGCGAGUGUUGGAAAAUCCAGAGGAAACCCGGAAUGAGACUGAAGGCAUCUUCCUCUAUUUCACCUCCCAAUGGAAGAGACAUCUUUAUCUUUCAACGAAGGCCUUUUCGACAAUGCCCAAGCUCAGAAUGCUAAAUCUUAAUUUUUCAACAUUCCAAGAAUGUGAUCUUCAACAUUUUCCUCGGAAGCUAAAAUGGCUGGAAUGGAGAGCAUGCCCCUUGGAGUCCUUGACAUGGGAUGGCAAUCUUCUGGAUCUUGUUGUUCUUGAUCUAUCUCACAGCAAGGUAAAGCAAAUAUGGAAUGAGAAGACACUGAACAUGGAGCUCAGGGGACCGUUACAUCGAGGAAACAUGGUAUUUCGCAGACUGAAGGUUCUCAAUCUCAGCGGUUGCUCAAGUCUUGUUGCAACUCCUGACUUUGCUUGUGUUCCAUGCCUGGUGAAGCUGAUACUUGAUACGUGUUAUCAUUUGCUUGAAAUUGAUGAAUCAAUUGAAUGUCUUGAAGAUCUGGUUUACUUGAGUAUGCAGUGGUGUGUAGCUUUAACAGAACUGCCCACUGGUGUUACUAAAUUGGGCUCUCUGGAAAUCCUUAACCUCUCUAAUUGCCAGAAUAUUUGGGCUUUGCCAGAACGAGUGGGGGAAAUGGAAUCAUUAACUGAAAUGUGCCUUGACUCCACCCAAAUAAGAAAAUUACCAGAGUCCAUUGUGGAGCUGAGUAACCUAUGUAAGCUAUCCUUAAAGGAAUGUGCAUUGUUGGAAGAGCUGCCACAUUGCAUUGGGAGACUGGAAUCGUUGCAGGUGAUCAACCUUGAAGGAACUGCGGUAACAAAAUUACCUGAUUCCAUUGGCGAGCUUAAAAGCCUCAAUCAGCUGUCUCUGAAGGGUUGCAAAUUAUUAGAACUACCAGAUUCCAUCGGGCAGUUGGAAUCUCUUCGGGACCUUAUCCUUGAUGUUGCUUUCCUAAUGUCUAUACCAGAUUCCAUUGGCAAUUUGAACAGUCUUCACCGGCUAUCUUUAGAAGGUCAUGAAUUAAUUAAAAGUGCACUGAGUUCUACAGAGAGAGAGAGUCCAGAGGAGACAAUUACCGGGUGCAAUCUAGUAACAAGACUGCCUGAUUCUAUAGGACACUUGAGGAACCUCCAUCAGCUAUGGGUAGAUGGAUGUCCUUCACUGGUAGAGCUGCCAGAUGCCAUUGGAAACUUAGAGACCUUAGAGGAGCUCACCCUUGCUGGCACUAAAGUAAGAAAAUUGCCCUGUUCAAUAGGGGAGUUAAAGAACCUCUAUAUGCUAUCCUUGAAGGAUUCUGAAUUAUUGGAGGAACUGCCACAAUCCAUAGGAAAUUUAGAGUCCUUAAGAGAGCUUAUUCUUGACAGAUGCACUUCAUUAAGAGACAUACCUGAUUCAAUAAGAUAUCUUCAGAAUCUUUCUCAAUUAUCUUUGAAGGAAUGUAAGUCUCUAGAAGAGGUACCAGAUUCAUUUGAAGAUUUAAAGUGUCUGAAAGAACUUAUCCUUGAAGGUACUUCACUGAAAAGGUUGCCUAAUUCUAUAGAAGGCCUACAUAACCUUAUUCAGCUGUCUCUUAAUGGCUCAGACCUUUUUGAAGAACUACCAGAUUCAAUUGGAAGGUUGGAGUCCUUAAAGGAGCUCAAUCUAGAUUCCACCAGAAUAAGAAACCUACCAGAAUCCAUAGUGCAUCUGAAGAACCUAAAUCAGUUAUCUCUGUAUAAGUGUGAAUUACUAGAGGAAAUUCCGGAGUCCAUUGGAGAAUUAAAAAGCCUUGAGAGUAUAAUGGUAGAUGAAUGCGGAAAGCUCAGAUCUCUGCCAGAUUCAGUUGGGUUACUGGAAAGACUUGAGACACUGUCAAUGAAUGGGUUGAUGGACAUGAGAGUUCUGCCUUCCUCCAUGGAGAAGCUGAAAAGCCUGGUCCAGUUAAACAUAUCAAACACUGGAAUCAGGGAAAUGUUCCAUGAGUUUGGAGGCCUCACGAAGCUGAAAACUAUAGAUCUGAGCAACAACCCUGAGCUAAUCGCUCUUCCUUCGAGCUUUUUUCUACUCAGCUCCUUAGAGAAGUUGGUUGCCCAUGGUUGCAACUGGCUAGAGGGUGUGGAUGCUACUUGUUUUGGAAAACUACCAUCUCUAAAGAUACUAGACUUAAGCCAUAGUGGAUUCUGCAGCAUACCAUCAAGUGUCCGUAGGCUUUCUUUGUUGGAGGAAUUAAUUUUAGAGGACUGCAAGAGGAUUCAGUCUCUGCCUCGGCUGCCGCCUUCUCUGUGUACCCUCGAUGCCAAUGGGUGCACAGCAUUGGAAUCGAUCUCAGACAUUCCUAAAUUAAAGGUUUUGAGUAACUUAAAUCUACGUGGGUGCAGGAAGCUUACGUCUCUCUGUGGCCUUGAGCGAUUGAAAUACUUAACAUGCUUAUACAUGGAUGGCUGCGAAAGCCUUGGUGCUGACAUCAUGGAAAGUCUUUCAAAGGCAUCGUUCGAGAACUUGGAGGUGUGCCAAUUCUCUGGUAGUCUGAUUCAGUGGAGCCCUCAAGAACGAAAGUUGUUGUUCGGGAUUCCAGAGAGUGAUCAAGAGCUAGUCCAUCUGAACGUUUAUGGCCGAGUCAAUUCUUGCGAUGGCCAAAAUGGUGGUGGCUGCAGCACCAUUCCUGUUCAUAUUGAAGUUAUGGGAGAUGACCAAGUUGUCUUUCGGACAACAAGAGAAGCUCUCUGUAACUCUGAGCAUGAAUCCGACGGUGGCCACCACAGCUACCAAGUAAGCUUUGAAAGCGAGGACGAUAAGUUGGAUGCCUAUUUGAGAAAGGGAUUCAGGAAGAUACGGGUAUCAACAACCGGGGAUUUCUGCAAACAUAUGACUGGAGGCGACGUAAUGCUCCUCUACAAUGUCUGAUUUCUUUGUUCCAGCAGCUUGUGAGGAAGUUCUCUGUAUUAUACAUUUCAUUGAUUCUUGUUGACCGUUGUUCUAAACCCAGCAAAUAUUUGGAGACAACCAAUAUGUAUAAAUAAAUAAAUUCUGUGA